AUGAGCUCGAAGCGCAGAAGCGGCCCUGCAGGCUCGCCCGAGGACUUUGCGGCAACGCCAGAUCCCAAGCGACGCAAGCGGAACGACGACACUCAUUUUCCUGAGAUCGAAACUCGAGAGACUACCACAGAUCUGGGGUUAAAAUUGAUCAGACAAUUAAAGAAAUCACAAGACAAGAAUGGCCGCAACGUCGCGAUCCAUUUUACCGAUCUCCCAAGUAGGACCGAAUACCCUGAUUAUUACCGGGCGACUGCCAUGCCACUGUCCCUGAACAUGAUAGAACAAAGAUUGGAAAAUUUCGAGUAUGAAAACAUGGAACGGCUCGAGUCCGAUUUGAAGAGAAUGGUCCAAAAUGCAAAGGAUUACAAUCACAGCAAAUCACCCAUUUUUGAGGACGCCGAACGGAUCCGGAAGGCUCUAUCAAAUUUCAUGCCAAAACACAACCCAGCCUAUUUGCGUCCCGGCUACCGUGCUUAUCCCACUCCUAUUCCUCAAGAACUCCUUGAUCAACGAAGAGAAACCUCCGCUUCAUCAGAGGUAGCUGCCCAGCCUGAAAGGGUCAAGUUAAUCUUUUCAAAGACUGCAGCCAGAAGACGUCAGGGUGAGGCUUCACGGUCUGCUCCUGACGAGGUGGAGAAAGACAAUAUGAAGGAAGACCAGUUGGCUUUUCUCAAGGAACUGUCUGGGCAAGAGGAUGCCAUCAAUUUUGAGGAGAAAGUUCCAAAGAAGGACUAUCCUGACUAUUACAAGUUGAUUAAGAAACCCACCUCUAUUUCAGAUGUGCGAGCCUUGGUAGAGAAAGAAUCUGUUCAAGAUUGGGACGCUUUGGCACGAGAAGUACGGUUGAUCUGGGAUAAUGCGAAGGAGUACAAUCAAGAAGGCUCUGAUAUCUACAUGAUGGCACAAAGAUUGGAGUCGUGGUCGGAAGAGAGAAUGCGAUCACUUGGUGCUCAGCCACGACGAAAUCUCAAGUUAUCUUUAUCUCAGCCCAAACCGAAGGCCUUGAGACUGACAAUGGGAUCUUCGACUCCAACCCCCACUGUCAUAGGUGGAACCAUCGAUAGCGAGUCUCUUAGACGACAGAAGGAGGACAUGGGUCAGGCUUUGAGUCGAGCUCAGAGAGCAAAUUCCAAAGGCGCUCAAGUCAACGGUUCCACUCCGGUCCCCUCAAGUGCAGCACCCAGCGUUCGACGAAGUGCAUCACUCGCAGGGGACAAGCCCGAUGUUGUCAUGGCCGAUGUCAACGGAAUCAGUACUCCAAAGCCUCAGGAAGCUGCUCCGGUCUCUCAGCCACCCGGCACAGUUCAAUUACCCACCCCUGUCCGAGAAAUCGAGCCUUCGGAGCCAGCUGCGCCGCUCGCAAACGGGACUCGUCAUCAUGAACCGCCAACGCCACAGCCUAGUGUUCAUAAUGCUUACAAUCAAUCUCUCAUUCCUUAUGAGCGUCGAUACCGCGACCCAGGCAAAGGGGUUGAAUCAGCUCUUAUCGGUGCUGUCACCUGGAUGACCAACCCGGCCUUUGCUCCGGACCCGAAGUGGAAACUAAUCCGCUUUGCUUCACCCAUCAAGACCCAACAAAGUUUUUUCACCUCUCUUCCUCCAACUUGGAACCAUAUCCGCGUCAUUCCGAACUUGACGGCCGAACUUCGUUCUCGUCGAAGAUACAAAAUCUUCUUCGUGCACAAUGACGUUCACAUUUAUCGACAGCCAAACUCGACCACAGUACCUGGCGCGUACGAAGUUACCUUGACCCCGGGACAGAAUAUCUUGACGGUGGAGGUAAUCGCGGACCUACACGCUGGUGAGCGGAAGGAAUACGCCCCCCCACAACUUCAAUUCGAUUUCGAAAGAGUACAGAUGGUCAUUCAUUCGGAUCUGCAGUCCUAG